UCCGGGAAUGUCGACCUGUAUCCGCAGUUUCAAUUUCAAAGCUGGUCGUCGCGUCGGUGUAAUGGGCGUCGUGACGCCUGCCGUGUUGGUAAAGUUGCGUGCAGUUAAUAUUAUACAAUUGCAAUAUUUUGACCAGAAGGAAACCUUUAUAUUAAACUAGGAUACUCCAUUCAGGAUAUAUGGAUUUUAAUUGCAAGUCCACCACCAAGGGGAAACUUAACGUGCGGAUCGCCAUUCCACGUCUUAAAAUGUGCUUCAGUGCACAUCUUCGAGAUUCCUGUGUAAGCAGCCCUGAAUGCGUGUAGCAGAAAAGCUUCAUUUUACAAGAGAAAAUGAGAAUUUUUCUGGUGCCGCUGUUCUACUACGCGCUGGUUACCGAUUUAAUUCAAGCAUCUGGUUUAAAGUGGGUGAGGGUGAACGUCCCCCAGUACCGUUCUCCCGGCGAAUCCGCUCAGUUACUUUGCGAUUACGAUUUAGGCAACGACACGCUGUACUCGAUCAAGUGGUAUAAGGACCACGAAGAGUUCUACAGAUUUGUGCCGAUGGCGCGACCGCAGGCGACGAGUUAUAAAAUGGAAGGCGUCCUCGUGGACAUGGCCUUAUCCGAUAGAAAAAAGGUCGUGCUGCGAACUGUAAAUUUGAAAACUAGCGGAGUGUUCCGAUGUGAAGUGUCCGCGGAGGCGCCGUCGUUCUCAUCGGCUCAAAGUGAGGCGCGAAUGGAAGUCGUAUAUUUGCCGAAGGAGGAUCCCAUCAUAACUGGCGUAGAACUGCAGUACCAAAUUGGAGAUGAAAUUAAUCUCAAUUGCACAUCGGGAAAAAGCCACCCCGCGCCCGUUCUGCAUUGGUACAUCAACGAACAGCAGGUUGUAAGCCCCGAGGUUUUAAUUUACUACCCUCAGGUACAACACCGGCACGGCUUGAUGUCUGUUACUCUCGGCUUGAGGUUUUCACUCAGCAGUCGUCACUUCCUGGGGGGCUCCAUGAAGGUGAAAUGCGUAGCGUCCGUUUCGCCGGUCUUAUGGAAGGACGGUAGAGACAGCGUAGUUCAAAGUCUGCCCGUAAAGGACAUGAGAGAGGCCCUGCUGCUUGUGAGAAGCAUGGGAUAUAAAGUAGAGACAUCGCCUGCAGUCUUACUAAUAAUCACAUCGGCAUUACUUCUUUGUGCCAGAUCUAAUUAAAAGUGAGAUUUUACUAGCUAAAAUAAGAAAUUCAUAAAAUAUGGUGAUGCGGUUUCCAGACCUAGUUAUAAGACCGACAAGGCAGUAAUGUGGUUUAAUGACUUUGUGGAGAAAAUCGUUUAAAUGACGACCUAAUAAUGCGUGAUCAUUAUCUGUAAUCGUAAAUGUAGUGUGAUAAACGUUUAUAGUGCCCUUAACAAAGAACGUGUUUAUUAUGGAUACUGAACUUUCAGUUACGAACCAAAUGUGGCUUUUUAUUUUCACAAAAAAAAACCUUUUCCAAUUAAGUCUAAUGGAAACAUUUUAGAGCAGUUAUCCAAUUUUCAUUGCACUGUAAGUGAUAAACUACAACAAAUUUGGGUAUUACGAUAAUGUAUAAAUAUUUUCCUCUUAUGUAUAUAAUUAGUAAUUUUCCAAAGAGAUUUAUUUUUAUAAACUGCCAUCAAAUUUAAUCGACUGAAGGCACUGAGGCCCUCUGAAAACCUUUCGUGUGAUGUUCGUGAAAAAUUUUUUGACGGAAUCAGUGCACGAUAGUCGCGUUUGUAAGAAAAUCGUUCUACACGAAAGCAGUAUAUUUACUUCCCUUAAAUUUAUUCAAAUUAAAGUUUAAGCUCAAUUUAGAAAUUUAUGCGUUACGUUGACCUGGAAGAAAAACAUUUAGAACUUCAAAUAAAAUCAGUUUUUCGCGAGUAAAAUUCUGCUCGUAUUGUACGAUUUUCGAUUGUAUAUUGUACUGAUAAGUUGUAAGUAUUUUGUUGUUGCUUGAAAAUGUAGCCAAAACGUGCAGGAGAGGACAAGUGUUAUUUUCUGUCAGGUAUCGGCAAGGAGCUUAUAGCACAUUUGUAUUGUACGUACAUGUAGCAAAACGGUUCCAUUUCUACUGAAUCAACUGUAAUUUAGAUCUAACGCUAUACAUAUCCCUAUAUUUUCAAUGACCAUUGUAACAUGUUUUAGGUUCUUCUAUGUAAUACCGAUCUAAUAAUUUGUUUUGUAAAUAAAUAGGUAUCUCAAUAAAUCAAACUUGUGAUCUUUCAA